AUGGCUACACCGCACCGCCACCCGCCGCCGCCGCUGUCGUCGUCGUCGUCUACAGCAGACGACGGCGCCGCCGACGACCACUGGAAGACGUCGCUCCAGCGGCCCGCGCGCGACACGCGCGUGCAGACGGAAGACGUGACGAACGUCAAGGGCAACGAGUUCGAAGACUACUUUCUCAAGCGCGAGCUGCUCAUGGGCAUCUUCGAGAAGGGCUUUGAGCGGCCGUCGCCGAUCCAAGAAGAGGCCGUGCCGAUCAUUUUGGCCGGCCGCAACGUCAUGGCCCGCGCCAAGAACGGCACGGGCAAAACCGCGGCGUUCAUCAUCCCGUGCCUCGAGAAGACGGACACGCAGCAGAAGCACAUUCAAGUGCUGAUCCUCGUGCCCACGCGCGAGUUGGCGCUCCAGACGUCGGCCAUUGUCAAGGAAAUUGGCAAACACAUGCGCGUCGAGUGCAUGGUCUCGACCGGCGGCACGAGCCUCAAGGACGACAUCAUGCGGCUCUACCAGACUGUGCACAUCCUCGUGGGCACGCCGGGCCGCGUCAUGGACCUCGCGAACAAGGGCGUGGCCGACCUGAGCCAGUGCGCGACCGUGAUCAUGGACGAAGCCGACAAGCUGCUGUCGCCCGAGUUCCAGCCGCUGCUCGAGCAGCUGCUGCACCACACGGCGAAAGAGCGGCAGCUGUGUCUCUUUUCCGCGACGUUUCCCGUCACGGUCAAGGCGUUCAAAGACCGGUUCGUGCACAACCCGUACGAGAUCAACCUCAUGGACGAGCUCACGCUGAAAGGCGUGUCGCAGUUUUACGCGUUCGUCGAAGAGCGCCAGAAGGUCCAUUGCCUCAAUACGCUGUUCUCGAAGCUCGAUAUCAACCAGUCGAUCAUCUUUUGCAACUCGGUGAACCGCGUCGAGCUGCUUGCGAAGAAAGUCACGGAGCUCGGCUUCUCGUGCUUUUACAUCCACGCCAAGAUGAACCAAGCCCAUCGGAACCGCGUGUUCCACGAGUUCCGCAAUGGCGCGACGCGGCACUUGGUCUGCUCGGACUUGUUCACGCGCGGGAUUGAUAUCCAGACAGUGAACGUCGUGAUCAACUUUGACUUUCCCAAGAACUCGGAGACGUACUUGCACCGCAUUGGCCGCUCGGGCCGAUACGGCCACCUUGGUCUCGCGAUCAACAUGAUCACGUAUGAAGACCGAUUCAAUCUGUACCGGAUUGAGCAAGAGCUUGGCACGGAGAUUCGACCGAUUCCACCGGUCAUUGACCGUAACCUGUACUGCAAGUAA